AUGGGUCGUCCAAAGUUAAUCUUGAAACCCAUUCCAAAUGGGAGAGAUCGUGAUUUGGCUUUCAGGAAGAGAAAGAAGGUACUAAUGAAGAAAAUGUCUGAAUUUUCUAGCGUAUGUGGAGUCAACACUUGCUUGGUUAUGUAUGAUGGCAAUGGUGAUGAUGCUCCACCACAUACUUGGCCUCAAGAUCCCAAUGAGGUGCACUCCAUCAUUGCAAGAUAUGAAAGUGUAAAGAAUGAGAAACUUCCCAAGAACUUUGAUCUCAACAACUUUUUUUACGAUAGGAAGAAUGCGAUUGAAGUUGAGACUUGCAAGGUUAAAAAUGAGACCCUUAAGAUCAAAUAUCCAACUUGGCACCCAAGUUUUGAUAACUUAGGUAUAAAGGAGUUGAGUAAUUUCAUUGCUAUGUUGGACCAUAAAUUUGAAGCUUGUAACCAACGAGUUGAAAUGGCGAAAUACAAGCGUCAAGUUGAAGCCAACUUCAAUUUCAUGCAGUGCAUGGUUCCAUCAGAGAUUGCUGCCCCAACCCAAAGCCAACUCAAUUUCAUGCAUGGCAAUGGCAUGUCUCAAAAUCAACUCACCAAUGCUCCCAUGAAGCCACUGAAUGAUGGUAACCUUGUAACAUCUUACCCACUUAAUCAUGAUCAAGGUUCUUGUUCUAAACCCCCAAUGCUUCACUUUGAUCAAAAUCUUAUGCAAUUGAUGACAAAGAAUAAAGGGGUGGUGGUGGAUAGUACUAAUCAAGUUGGGGGGCCUCUGGAUUGUGCUACCAAAAUUGAUGCUAAUGGAAAUUCUACAAAUCAAGAUGAUGUGCCUGCGGAUUUGACUAAAUUAGUUGAUGAGUCUUUGGACUAUUUUAGUCAACUAGGUGAAAUUGAAGAUCUGACUAGUCCACUUGAUGAGUUUGUGAAUUGGGUUAGUCAACCUGAUGUGUCUAGAAAUUGGACUAAUCAACAUGGUGUGCCAAUGAUUGGGGGAAGUACUGCAGCUACUAGUUUUCAUGGGGAUACACAUAACCAUGAGUCCGCACUUAGCAAUUACAAUGGAGGUUUGCAAUCAAUGCAACCCUAUAACUAUGAUGCUGCAUUGCAGAAUAUUGCUCCUCAGUCUCAGAAUCUGCACCAAAUGGCAACUUUGCCUCCCCUUCUACCAUCCGUGGAAAUUUCAGAGGGAUCAGUGCACCAAUAA